AUGCCAUCACUCUCCCAAACAGGAACAACCUUCUCCGCCUCCUUUUCUUCCUCCUCCUCCUCCUCGCUUCUUAAAUGUAAAGGUCUUCAUCAUCGUCGUCGUCUCUCUUCUCCUCGUUGCGUCGUUUUCUUCGGUGUUCCCAGGACGAGUCGUUUACGUCGUAAACACACAAACACGAAUUGGAAAAACAAAGCGGCGACGUUCAGGUCGUCGAAAAACGAAUCAUUCUUCUUCAACGACGACGAAAACGAAAACGAAAGCGAGACGAACGAGAAUACCAACGAGGAGAAUGUCGAGGACGACGACUUUGAAGCGAAAGUCGUCGCCGAGAACGAGACGUUCUUCUUUGAAGAAGCGUCUUCUUCGUCCGUGCCGAGUCCGGCAGACUUGAAUGAACUUAAUUUGCUACAAAAGGCGAACACAUCUUCCUCCUCCUCCUCGGCCUCCUCGGUGUGGUCACAGAAGCCAUUUUGGUGCCAACCGUGGACGAUUGUACUUUUUGGCGUCUUUUGCGUGUCCUUGCCGACGUUGGCGUUCGAUUGGAAGUUUGUGUCGGUCGCCGUGGCGGUUCCGAUAUCGGCGUGGUGGUACGUUUUUCUUGUAUUGUAUCCGAAGAGUUACGCGUCGUCGUCGUUCGAGGAGAAGGAGGAGGAUUUUGGACGAUGA